CGUCGACACGCGCGGAUAAACUCCUCCAAGGAUGUCGAGUUGCAGCCGCGUAGCGCAGCAAUGGGGCACGUUUUCGCGGAUGUGGUAUCUGCUGGACGCCCGUCUCCAGCCGCCAGGCAAAGUGGCCAAGCUGUGUGCCAUGCACCUCAAGGGACAAAACAAGCCCAUCUACCAUGCCCUGAAUGACUGUGGGGACCAUGUGGUGGUGAUCAACACGAGGCACAUCGCAUUCUCCGGCAACAAAUGGGACCAGAAGGUGUACAGCAGCCACUCCGGGUAUGCCGGUGGAUUCAAACAAGUGAUUGCAAAAGACCUCCACAAGAAGGACCCUACUGCAAUUGUACGGCUGGCUGUGUAUGGAAUGCUGCCCAGUAACUUGCUCCGGAAGACCCAGAUGAUGAGGAUCCAUCUCUUCCCGGACGCCGACAUUCCCGAGGACAUCCGCAGGAACCUGGUGCAGGAGCUGGAGCAGCCGCGGGUGCCUCCACGCACGCUCAGGCAGUACAGCAAGGAGGACAUCGAGGCUUUCCCACGCGUCUGGACCCCGCCGAAGGACUUUUUGUGGAAGUAAACUGGGAGAUGCAAGUUACGGGCCAUGUUGACUUCAAGUACUAAAGCAAGGCACACGUCGGGCUGUGCGGACUCGUGUGACGAAUCCGUCAAUCCCACUUACACACAAAGACAAAGAUUCCCACCACCCGCCACGUUAGCUGAACAGAUUGUUGAUUCUGUUACACGUACACACCCACACACACAAGGGUGCACACACGCACACAACAAAAACAAAACAAUGAUAGGGCAAGUGCCGUUAGUGAACGCCUAUGAAGGCCAGCGUGGCGUACAAGAGGGUUAUGGUGUGGCCACCACGAUGACUGGGCACCUUUGUCUUCCCAAUGCCAGUGUUUACACAUCGCACCAAGUACUCAUUUGAAGGCAAGUCGUCCGAGGGGAGGCCCAGUAUCCGGUUCAGAUGUCGCUCGCCACUUAUUUGUCUUGGCUACAAAUCAAUUUGGGUUGUAGGGUCAUAGAGCAGUUCACUAACCGCUGGAAACUAAGACAAAGAUCCCUAGUAUAGCUUCAACAGACCGUUGGGGCAAGUGCUGUUAGCGAGCACCUAUGAAGGUCGGCACGGCACACGAGGGGGCGGGUGGCCAGCACCACGCCCGACCGCCUUUGUCUCCCCAGUACCGGACACACACGCACGCAAACGCUUGCCGUUGCGCCCAUGCGGUAUAUCUUGUCACUUCUGCCAUCUCGUUGACCACAGCUAAGAUGAACUGUUCAUGUUGGCAAAGAGUUGCGGGGCACUUUCUGUUUAAUCUGUGCAUUUUUUCUUCAUGAGUUCAAGAUGAAAUUGCUCUCUCUCUCUCCUGUUCUCUGUCCUGCUCUCCCCCGCUCACUGUGCCCCAGAAAGUGGUUUUGCUCCAAAAAAUGUUUUUUUGCAAUUCUUGAGGGAGAUUUAGUCACAACGGUGUGCCUGUGAGUUUGAUGGCGGCUUCAUGUGUUUUUUUUUUUAAAAGAUGAAUUAUAUCCUUUAAAUCGUAAAGGGUUUGUUUCACGUAUGUAAUAAUUAUAUCCAUAUACCAUCAGAUGCCAGCUGAAUCAGAGCCGUGUUUUUGUAAGUUGCACAUAUAAAUGGACGGUAUACCCUGCACAGUAUUUCCUUACACAUUUAACAUACGUGGCAAAAAAUAACUACAUGCAACCUUCGGAUCCAGCUGUUAAAUUUGAGCUUAAAAGGGAGUGGGAUAGUAAUAAUACUCCUAACGUGCAGCGCUUUGUGCAUUCAUUGCUGGAUAAAGGCCUCCCCGUGCCAAGUCGGUCAUGAGGGUUGUUUGACCAUAUUUCACCACGCUGGUCAGUGGGUUGGUGAAGGUGGGGGGGCUUAUAAGUGCAGUCCAUACAUUUAUUUUUCUGCACUCCACUUGCACCACCACGUAGCCCCCGCAAGUCCUCGGAUAUCGCCCGCUACCAAUGGAUAAAAUAAAAUACCGAGCGGAGGAAAGCGAAGGAGAUGGGGGGGGGGGGCGGAAGAGGCGAUGGCAGUGAGAGCACAUCACGGAGUUCGGAGGUCACUGGGGAACGUGAGCGACCCGAGGGGAAGGAAGGACUGGAAGAUAAUUUCGGGAGACUUUUUGCCUGCUUCGCAGUGGGAAUUCACACGGACUGACGAAAACAAUCGCGACAAUGUUGGUUGUUACCGGGUUCAUAACGCCGUGGCGUGAACCGCUACACAGCCGCUCUAUACCCCCACUCCACCCCAUCUUACAUCGCCACGUGUGGUACAGAGAGUUAAAUUCACUGAAUUACAUUGAGGGACUUUUAUUUUCCUCCAGCUAAAAGGAGACAACCCCAGCAAUACAUUUUGCACGCACUCUUUGUGACUUAACGAUUUAUUAUACCAAGUUUUUGCAUCGGUACAAAAGGGGAGGGGAGGAAUUUCUAGCAUCUUUGUAAACAAGUCGCGUUGCUGAGCUUGCGUGCGCGGGUGCAAUAAACACUUGGAACUGGC